ACGGGUAGGGCUCUAGGGAUACAAAGACAACGAAGACACAAGAGCUAACUAACAUCUAUCUACACGAGAUAACGUAUACUAGAAGGUAAGAAACUACAGGGUAAAAGGAUUGUGCUAGAUAAAAAUGCUCUAUGAAUAUCUGAGGAAACGUGCCAAAAAUCAGAAGGGGCUUGAAAUGACGGGGCAAGUUAGAAUCUAACUGGGGAGUCGGUGGUCAGAGGCCUGGCAGGAUAGGGGCGUGCAUUGUGACGAAACAAUUUAAAGAGACUUCGAGACCGUGCCAAGAUGGGACACUGACCAUGGUCACUUCACAGCUCGGCCCCCUGGUGAGAUGCGGUUCAAGGAAAGGCCGCCCCAACAUCUCUGAGUCCCAAGUCCCAGUCCCAGGCUCACAGAGCUUCGGGGUGACGCAACUCCAACAUCUUGCAUCAGUCUGUCCUCAGAGUUUCUCCUCGGCUCCGCCCUACUUGAUCCAGCAGCUAUACACAGCAAUCUAUUUUCUCUUCCCCAUUCGUGGAUCCAGGCUCCGAUUGGGCCACGUUGGGGCUGACCCUCGGCUGUAGCCAAUAGGCGUCAGCCACAGUGUAUCCAGUGUAUUCGUUCGCAGAGGUGGGGAGGGGCUGCCCAUAAAAGACUGCUGGGUUGGGGUCGCGCGCACCAGACUAGGGAACUGUCGCAGGGUUGGCUGUUUGCGUCCCGUGCGAGGGUGGGAGCAGUGGCAGCGGCACCGACACCGGCACCGCCCUCUAGUCUGUCUAGUCUGGUCAGGCCUCUGCGAGCAGAACCGAGCAGAGCCGAGCCAAACCCAGAGAAGCCAGAAGACAUGGAGCCCGAGCCCGAGCCCGAGUCCGUGACCGUGACCCUUUUGGUGAAGAGCCCCAACCAACGGCACCGGGACCUGGAGCUGAGUGGGGACCUAAACUGGAGCGUGGGCCGCCUCAAGGCUCACCUGAGCCGCGUCUAUCCCGAGCGACCGCGAGAAGAGGACCAGAGAUUAAUUUAUUCAGGAAAGCUGCUGUUAGAUCACCUUUUUCUCAGAGAUAUACUACCUAAGAAUGAGAAACGGCAUGUUCUUCAUUUGGUUUGCAGUAUAAGAAAUCCUUCAAAAAUGCCAGAAAAGAUUUCUGAGCCUAGUGAGCAGCCUACUACACUGAAUCAAGACCAAUCUUCUUCUAUGGAUUCCUCAAGUGAUGGAUUAAGGCAAAGGGAUGUUCUUCAUAAUCCUUCUCCAUUUGCAUGGGAAAAUAAUUCAAGAAUGGAAGCAAUUCAACAGACCUUCCAAGGUGUGGGUCCUGGCUUUUCAGGCUAUGCUACCUAUGGUUGGCUACAGCUCUCCUGGUUCCAACAAAUUUAUGCCAGGCAAUAUUACAUGCAAUAUUUAGCAGCUACUGCUGCUUCUGGGGCCUUCACAUCAACACCAAGUGCGCAAGAAAUACCUGUAGUCUCCACAGCAACUCCAGCACCUAUUCACAACCAGUUUCCUGCUGAAAACCAGCCUGGCAAUCAGAAUGCUGUUGCUCAAGUAGUCGUUAAUCCAGGAGCCAAUCAGAAUUUGCGGAUGAAUGCACAAGGUGGUCCUCUUGUAGAAGAGGAUGAUGAGAUGAAUCGUGACUGGUUGGAUUGGAUAUAUUCAGCAACUACAUUCUCUGUCUUCCUUAGCAUCCUUUAUUUCUACUCCUCUCUGAGCAGAUUCCUCAUGGUCAUGGGUGCCACACUUGUUAUGUAUCUGCAUCACGUUGGGUGGUUUCCAUUUAGACAAAGACCAAUUCCAAAUGUCCCAAACAAUAUGCCUCCUCGAGUAGCCAUUAAUCAAGACCCAAACAAUAAUUUACAGGAGGAAAAUGCUGAUGGAGACGGAGAACCUGAAUUAGUUCCUCCCCACCAGGAUUUAUUGGAAGGACAACAAGGCAGUCCUUCAAUUAUGAGCACUGCAUGGCUUGUCUUCAAAACAUUCUUUGCCUCUCUCCUGCCAGAAGGCCCCCCGGCAGUAGUGAACUAACCAGUUUGGUUGCUUUGCCAUUAGAUAGUUUUCCUAGAGUGGACUGACUGGGUCAUGUAACUCCAACUUAUGACUUAUUUGUCUUCUCAACUGGAUAGGGCUAUGACUCCGAAUAAUUAAAAGAACCAGCAGGGAUGUUCUUUUGUGACCAAGCAAAUACAAAAAGCAGGAUCCCGAAUCCAUGUUACGAGUUUAUGGACUUCAUGAAGUACAUCUUGCUUAUUACUAUGUCUUUAUUCCAAAGAGCUUUAAUAUAUGCCGAAUUUAGUUUAAUAAGCAUUGUAAGUAGAAGGCAUUAGUGUCGCACUGUUAUGCCUGAAGAGCACUUAAGGUUGUAUGUGUUUGCAUGUGUUUGUACAUAGAUGUAAUAGGAGCAGAAUGCUUGGUUCUGCCCGUGUGAUUUGAUUCCUGUUGGAAUGUUUAAAUGUGGUUUAAAUUACACUAAGUGUAGUACUUUGUAUAAUCAAUGAAAUUGCUAGACAUGUUUUAGCAAGAUUUUUCUAGGGAAGAUAUAUGUCUAAAUUGCUUUUUUUUAAUGCAGUGCUUUAUUUUAAACCAAGGGAAAAUUUGUAGAGGUGGAAACCUUUGCUGGGUUUUCUGUACAAUAAAGUUUUCCUACAAAUGA